AUGCUUAGUUACUCUCUCAACUCCCUGAGGCUCACAAAUUUGAAAUUCAAAGACACCAAGUCAGCUAGAUCUUCUCAGGUGGUAAGGUUUCAAAUGAAUCAAGAGGAAACUCAAAGGAUUCUCGAUGGUUGCAAGGCUAAAGGGAUUAAAUUAUGUGGAGCAUUGGUAGCUACUGGAUUGAUGGCUGCAGAUAAGUGCUCUAAACAUCAUCAAAAGAAGAAGUAUGGGGAAAUUAUCACUCCGUCAUCCCCCACAUCUACACCAUCAAAUGAGGAGAAAACCUGUGGAAGCUUGCCAAGAAAACCUACACGGCCUUUGCAAGCUCUAAGAACAAGGACAAACACUUCACAGACUUAG